AUGCCCCGAAAAUCAACCAGCAGCAGCACGCCCGGCGACGACGGCGCAGCAGAACAAUCCCAAAUACACUCUCAAUCCCCCUCAGAUAUCGUCCACCUCCCCGAAUCAACAGGACAGAUGGUCGAAGCGACAGAACAACAACUUAAGGCCCGGGCGGAGGGGGGUGUGAGUAUUGAGGACUACCUCCUCCCCCGCUCUCUCACCCUCCGACUAGCAAAAUCCGUUCUUCCUCCGAAUACAUCCAUACAGAAGGAUGCGGUAUUGGCGAUUCAGAAGGCCGCGACGGUGUUUGUGUCGUAUUUGUCGUCGCAUGCCAACGAAGCAACCCUCAAACGAACCGUCGCACCAUCAGACGUCUUCAGCGCCAUUUCGGAACUAGAGUUCGAAGGGUUCCGCACACGAUUGGAGCAGGAGUUGGAGGCGUUUACGGAGUUGAAGGCGGGGAAGAGGAGGGCGAAGAAGGGGGAUAACAGUACUACUGCUGCUGCGGCGGAGGGAGUGGGGAAGGGUGGGGAUGCUGAGGAUGAAGAGGAAGAUGGGGAUAGAGGGGUGAAGAGGGUGAAGCGGGCGGAGGAGAAGAAGAAUGGUAUUGGUGGUGGUGGGGAGGAAGAGGAAGGGGAUGGGGACGAGACGCAGGAGGAGCAUGAGCAGGAACAGGAGCAGGAUGAUGAAGAGGAAGAGGAGGAGGAAGAGGAAGAAGAGGACGACGAGGAAGAAGAGCAUAAGGAUGAUGAGGAUGAUGAUGAAGAGAAUGAUAUUGAUCGCGUGGAGGAUUUGGAUCGGGCGAAACGGCCGAUGAAUCCGGAUGUGGAGGGGGAUGAGUCGGACAGUGAGGAUGAGGAUGGGCCGGGGAGUCAGUUGCGAGGGGAUUUGGGACUGGGUUAG